AUGGUCACGAAGCGAGUGCUUUAUUCGACAGGAGGAACUUAUUGGGAUAAUCCAUCAGCAUUGGAACUCAUCAUGAUAGUGAUGAACUAUGUUGCUUGUAUACCUGUACUUCUCGCUGUUGGAGGAUUCAGUAUAUACCAUUUCUUCUCUUUGAUUAGAAAUACUACAACGAUUGAAGGUUGGGAAAAGGAUAAAAUAUCAAUUAUGGUAAAACGAGGAAAAACUCGUGAGGUCAAAUUUCCAUAUGAUCUUGGUAUGCGACGCAACGUAGAAUCUGUUCUAGGCCGCAAUCCUUUAUUAUGGUGUUGUCCAAUCCGACCCCCGGGCUCGGGUCUCAAAUUUCAAUUAUCUGAUUCGGAUGGAGCCCCGUGGCCUCCUAAGGAAGAUAAAACAAAAACCUGGUCAGCAUCUGAAUCUUCUGAAGAUGCCAUCGAUAUGUCGCCAAGUGCAUCUCCCUGGACUUACAAAAAUGGAUCUGUAAAUCCCGCACUGAGCGCGUCUAAUUCCCAAAUGCGCACGCGGAGACGUCGGACGCCCAAACGAAACAUACCGGGAACAUCCUCCUUACCUCCAUACCAUCCUAACUAUAAAGAGGAAGAAGAAUAUCACGAUUACUAUACUACCAGCUCGGAGGAGGAAGAGAUAUCCAACUCGGUCCCAGGCAAUGUCCGCGUUCGAAGAGGAUCAGAGGGUUAUGAGGUUCUACCAUCAGGACGCGAAGACAUGCUCAGGCGAUACUUGACAGAGAUUGGCGAGGAGCCUGGUCGAUACAUUCGUUAUAUUCCCCAACCAGACGAAACCGACUCCGAUGAUGAUAAACCACUUAUAUACACCAUGGCCAAUGGUGAACAGUAG